AUGGCAAACCCGAAGGCCUGUGUCUGUUUUCUCUUCAUUUCCCUUCUCUCGUUUUUGUCCUUGUCUCUCGCUUUAACUGAUGGCGAGGUAGCAUACAUUGUGCGCCGCCAGCUUUUGUCUCUCCCCGAGGAUGGUGACCUUUCCGUUGAUAUGGUAUUCGAGGUUGAUGUUAAUAUCAAGUUUGAGAAUUCAAGGCUCAAACAAGCUUAUAUUGGCCUUCAGGCGUGGAAGAAAGCCGUCUAUUCUGAUCCAUUAAACUUUACGGGUAAUUGGGAUGGCCCUGAUGUCUGUGCCUACAAAGGUGUAUUUUGUGCACCAGCACUAGAUGAUCCCAAAAUGACUGUGGUAGCUGGUGUCGAUUUAAAUCAUGCGGACAUUGCAGGACAUCUCCCUGUUGAAAUCGGGCUUCUAGCCGAUGUUAGCCUUAUUCAUUUGAAUUCCAACAGGUUUUGUGGAAUAAUUCCAAAAAGCUUCUCUAAACUAAAACUUCUUUACGAGUUUGAUGUUAGUAACAAUCGCUUCGUUGGACCUUUCCCUAAGGUUGUAUUGGAUUUGCCCACCCUCAAGUACCUUGAUAUAAGGUACAAUGAUUUCGAAGGGCCGUUGCCUCCCGAACUUUUCCACAAGGACUUUGAUGCUAUUUUUGUCAACAACAACAGGUUCCACUCCAACAUCCCUGAAAGCUUUGGCAAUUCUCCAGCUUCAGUAAUUGUGAUUGCCAACAACAAGUUCACCGGAUGCAUUCCAGCCAGCAUUGGCAAAAUGGGAAAUACCUUGGAGGAGGUUCUUUUCUCGAACAAUCUUUUCUCUGGUUGCUUGCCAGAGGAAAUUACACUUUUGAACGGCACAAAGGUUAUUGACCUAAGCAGUAACGAGUUGAUUGGAGACCUGCCUGAAGGUCUGGAGUACCUGCAGCAAGUAGAAAUCUUAGAAAUUGAAAACAACAUAUUCAGAGGAAAUGUCCCUGAAACCGUUUGCAGCUUACCAAAUUUGAAUAAUUUCACAUUCUCUUCCAACUAUUUUACGGCCAAGGAUCCAAUGUGCGAACCCAAGGCAGUGCAAGGCCUUUUCGUGGAUGACAAAAAUAAUUGUUUCCCGGGAAAGAACCAAAGAUUGGAAAAGGUCUGUAAGGAUGCCUUGAGUAGGCCUGUGAAUUGCACUGCUACAGGGUGCAGACCUUCGAACCCCGGCAUUGGUUCAAAGCCCCCACACAAACCUACUCCAUCGCCAAAGCCUGUAGCUCCACCAAGGCAUAAGCCCAUCCCACCACAGGAGAAACCGCCUUCGACCCCAUCAACACCAAAACCACAGCCACCAAAUCCUAAACCAUCUCCAUCACCAUCGGUUCCCAAGCACAAACCAACUCCCUCACCAUCAGUUCCCAUGCCUAAACCAACACCAACGCCUGAGACGCCAAAGGUUUCGCCUUAUUCACCACCCCCACCAAGUCUUAAAGCAGAGCCUCCACAAUCACCAAAGGCUCCUUCACCUUCCACCACCAAACCUCCACCAGUAGCCUCACCCCCUCCACCUCCACAAGUUCCCUCUCCACCGCCACGAAGUCCAAAACCAAAGCCUCCACAACCACCAAAGGCUUCUUCUCCACCCCCACCAAGUUCAAAACCCGCCCCAGUACCAGCUCCAACACCAAAACCUUCUAACCCAUCUCCCUCACCAGCACCUUCUCCUAAGUCAGUGAAACAGACUCCACCACCAUCAAAGUCCACCCCAUCACCCCAACUACCUGUUCAGUCGCCAUCACCUCUGCCACCAGUUGCCUCAUCGCAUCCACCUAAGCCAAAUCAAUCAUCAGCACCUGCUCCUGAGCCAGUGAUAUCAACUCCACCACCACAGAAAUCAACCACCCCAUCGCCCUCACCUCCUGUUCAGUCACCACCACCUCCACCACCAGUUGCCUCAUCUCCUCCUCCAGUUUACUUGCCACCUCCACGAGUUUCCUCCCCACCACCUCCUGUCCACUCUCCACCUCCAUCAGUUUCCUCCUCACCACCACCACCAGUCCACUCACCCCUCCCCUCCACCAGUUUCCUCCCCACCUCCUCCUGUCCAGUCACCCCCUCCUCCAGUUUUCUCCCCACCGCCACCAGUCCACUCACUCCCUCCACCAGUUUCCUCCCCGCCACCACCAGUUCACUCACCCCCUCCACCAGUUUCCUCUCCACUGCCACCAGUCCAAUCACCAUCUCCACCAGCUUCCUCCCAGCCGCCACCAGUGCAUUUACCCCCUCCACCAGUUUUCUCCCCACCACCACCAGUGCAAUCUCCACCACCACCAACUCCAGUCUUGUCUCCUCCACCUCCAGUGCAGUCAUUGCCACCAUCAGCUCCAUUAGAAUCGCCACCACCAACCACAUUUGA